AUGUGCGCUCUCGUCGCCUACGCGCCCCAGGGCUGGAAGACCCCGUACAUCAUCGCCUGCAUCGUGCUCGGACUCUGCCUCUUCCCCUGCUUCUACAUCUGGGAAGCCAAGUUUGCGCCCGUCCAAUUCCUACCCUGGAAGUACCUCAAGAACGGUACCAUCAUCGGCUCCUGCCUGCUCUACUGCGUCAUGUUCCUGUCCGUCUUCUGCUGGAACGGAUACUUCUACUCCUACUUGCUCGUCGUACACAGGCAAAGCAUUCCCCACGCUGGAUAUAUUCUCAACGCUUUCUCGCUUACCUCGUCGACAUUCAGUCCGCUCAUCGCAUGGUGGAUCCACAAAUCCGGUAACUUCAAGUGGACGGCCUACACUGGCGUACCCAUCGUUCUCCUCGGUACUGCUCUCCUGAUCCCCUUCCGAAACCCUUCCACCAACCCCGGUGUUCUUGCCUUCACUCAAGUGCUCGUCGGUCUCGGUACGGCUUUCUUCGCCACCUGCGCCCAGCUCGCUGUCAUGGUCCCCGUCACUCAUCAAGAACUUGCGGUUGUCAACGCAGUUUGGGGUCUCUUUGGCAGCUUCGGUUCAUCCAUCGGAUAUGCCAUCGCCGGUGGCAUGUGGAACAACAUCCUCCCUGGACAAUUACUCAUGCGUCUGCCCGAGGAAAGCAAGCCCGAAUACAGGGCAAUUUUCGGAAACAUCACCUUGCAGCAAUCGUUCCUCGAUGGUACGCCAGAGCGCGAUGCCGUUGUCGGUGCCUAUGCCGAUGUGCAGCGUAAGAUGGUCAUCACUGGCGCGUGCUUUGUACCGCUGUGCUUGGCUAGCAUCUACAUUUGGAAGAACAUUAACGUUAAGAAGCUCGAGGAGGAGAAUGGUAAGCAGACUAAGGGUAACGUCUUCUAA